GAACAAAAUAUCUUUCAUUCGUGUGUGGCUCAUAACCUGGUGACAAAGCUUGACACCACCACGAGCACCACCAAGAAAACAGGAAACAAGAAAGUUCCGUUUCUUGCUCUCCACCAAUUCUUUGAGAGCCCAUUUCACUGCAGCGCUACCGAACAAAGCACACAGCAGAAGUACAGUAUGACGGGAGCCAACAAAGAUGAGAGUCAAGUGUACCAAGACCUGACGGGAUUUUUGGUAGCCGAACGAGUGGAUCUUCGUCUGGCGGCCACCGAGGCCGUGUUGCAAGUCCGCGACGCCGAAGGAAUGGAAAAAAUGAUUGCCAAUGGUCUCGUCAAGCCGUUGGCCAAGAAUUUCAAUCAUUCCAAUCCGACCAUUGGAGUUAAUGCGUUGCAAGCCGUGGUCCUUCUUUCCUCUAAUUCAUCCACCAGCCACAAAUGCUUGGAAGAACUCUUGUUGGCCGGAGGGAUCAAUCGUGUCAUGGAAGUCAUUUUGAGUGCUCCUCCACCUGCUACGACUACAAACGACAACAACAAUCCUCUCGUCGAAUGGAAAAAGCGCGUCAAUUUUGCACUGGCCAUUUUGGCCAACCUCACGCGGGAUGAAGUGGGUGCGGUCGAAUUGGUGGGAAAGACACUCCCCGAAAAAGCCGUAGCACCGGAAGCAUUGACGCCGGAAGAACGGGAAAAAUUACCCACCAAACCCUUGUUGGAACUCAUGUUGUCGCGAUUUUUGCGAGACGAAUUUUGUAGUCCUCCACCCCAAAAAGACACGACAACAAAAAAUGACGAUGAUGACAAUAUUGCUGCCCACAUGUUGACAAACGACAAUGACGCGCAACAAGACAGUGAUUAUCACGAUCCGUACCAACAUUUUGCGGCCGUUCUCAUGAAUUGUACGCAAACCGAAGCAGCACGCAAAUUUGUCUUGAAGAUUCGUCGCCACGAAAACAACGCGUCCUCCUCUGUCUUUCAAGCGAUUCUUCCACAAUUGCGAAAUACCAAUCCCAUUCGUCGUCGUGGCAUUGCCGGCACGAUUCGCAAUUGCUGUUUGGAAACCGAUUCGGCAUGGUGGUUCUUGAACGAAGUCAAGAUUAUGACGCCCGUAUUGUAUCCACUGGCCGGCCCGGAAGAAUUGGAUUUGGACGAAAAGAAGGGAUUGGAUCCCGAUCUGUGGUUGGAAGGACCGGACAAGGUACGAGAACCCGAUGCCACGACACGAUUGUUUCUGGUCGAAACGUUGCUGUUGUUGUGCGCGUCGGGGCGAAAAUCACGGGAAACCAUCCGAUUGGCACGAACCUAUGUCAUUUUGAAAUGGGCCGAUAUGGUGGAAGAAGAGGAAAACGUUUCGGAACGUAUCAAUGAAUGCGUCCAAUUCUUGAGACGAGACGAACAAGGGACGCCUGAUGGAAGUAGUGACAUGAUGGUGUCGGAAUCACUCCAGCGGCCCAAUACGACAUCGGUGCAAAUUACGAGGUUGGAUGGUGACGAUGGCGAUUAUGAUGCGGUCGAUUAAUAAAUAUUAGCUAGUAGGCAGAACAUUUGUAUGAAUC